GGACAAAGGACAGCAGGGGGACAGCAGUCUCUGCUGGAUACCUGAGAGGUCUUGGAGAAGGGUGGAGUGACCUUGUCUUCAGUAGAGAGCAUCGCGGGAUUAAUCUAGAACAGAACCCAAGAGGGUAAGGAAGUUCUGGGGAGCCUUGAGGACUUAGGAGGGGCUUGAGCUGCACUUGGGGACAAAGUAGUGAGCAAGAUGCCAUUGCUCUGGAGUGAAUCUGCAGGGCAGUGUAGGCAGCACGGAGCAGGGGGCAGGAAGCUGGGCUUCACCAGGAGGAGGGUGCCAACCGCAGGCUGUGUUGCCAGUCAGGGAGCUGAAGCCUCCACGUGGACCUGGUGGGAACAUAGCAGGGCUGCAGAAGGACACAUUAGGAUCACAUGGCAGCGGGCAUUUCUCUGGCUGGCAAGGGUGGUCUGACUAGGGAAGCAAGGCAUGUCCUGGUGUGUCCGGCCGAUUGAAAAGAGAGAGGCUUGUGUCCUGGUCUGGCAGGGCAACAAAGAUGGCAGAGAGGAAAGUAAUGACAGAGAUCUGGGAGUCCUUGGGCCAUGUAACCUUCCAUAGACCCCAGGGCAAGAGGGGGCAGCCCGAGGCUGUCUGGGAUCUGUGAUGGGAGAAGGACACUGAUGUUGGAUGUGGCUGACGUGGCAGUGCAGUGGGAAUCUGAGGAAGACCGCAUAGGCAGGAGACUUUGCAGUCAUGUGAGGGACAGAUAGGAAUAGCAGCAAGAGGUCCAGAAAUCGGGGUUCACUCCUGACUAGAGCUUCAGAAAGACUUCCCACUUAGCAGGGAUGACUUGAAAGAACAUGUCAAGAAUUUGAGAACGAGGCCAGCCUGCUUCACACAGGUCUCCAAGCGGUGCCUAUCCCAAGAAGGCUGAGAGGCCCUCUGUAUGUACAGUGCAGGACGGCAGAGCCAGCCAGCAGGAGUUAGGAGCUCAGUUAGAGACAGAGGCAAGUACAGUGUGGUGGUGUGAAGUUGUUCUGCCUCAUUGGAGGCAGAAGUAUGUUCAUCUACAUGAAGAGAUGUGUGUGCUAUGCCAGUACAUGAAGAUGGGUUAGACGAUGUCCUGAGCCUGUUUCCAUGGGAAAUGUAUAUGUGUUUCUGACCAGAGCAUGCGGGGACGCGGGUGACUUGCUUUGGUCUGUUCACAGAGUGUAUUAACUGCCUUGUUCUUUUCAAAUGCAGGAGCUGCUCCCAGGCCCCAGCUGGAGCACUAACUAGCUGGCUAGUGCUGGGGAAGCAGCAGCCACAGCUUCUGUUCGCCACUGCCUCACACCUUCUGGUACUCACUGCUGCUGGGAGAGCUGGGGUCUCAGCAUGGAGCCCGGUGGUGCCUCCGUCCCUGCUGCCUUGCCGUACUACGUGGCCUUCUCCCAGCUGCUGGGCCUCACCGUGGUGGCUGUGACUGGCGCAUGGCUGGGUCUGUACCGAGGUGGCAUUGCCUGGGACAGCUCGCUGCAGUUUAACGUGCACCCACUCUGCAUGGUCAUAGGCAUGAUCUUCUUGCAAGGAGAUGCUCUCCUGGUGUACCGUGUCUUCAGAAAAGAAGCCAAACGCACUACCAAGAUCCUCCAUGGGCUGCUUCAUGUUGUUGCUCUCAUCAUCGCCCUGGUGGGCUUGGUGGCCGUGUUCGACUAUCACAGGAAGAAGAGCUAUUCAGACCUGUACAGCUUGCACAGCUGGUGUGGGAUCUUAGUCUUUGUUCUUUAUUUUGUACAGUGGCUCGUGGGUUUCAGCUUCUUCCUGUUCCCGGGAGCUUCGUUCUCUCUGCGGAGCCGGUACCGCCCACAGCACAUAUUUUAUGGUGCCACCAUCUUCCUUCUCUCUGUGGGCACAGCCCUCCUGGGCCUGAAGGAGGCGCUGCUGUUCAAACUUGGGAGCAAGUACAGCAAGUUCGAACCCGAGGGGGUCCUAGCCAACGUGCUGGGCCUGCUGCUGCUCUGUUUUGGGGUGGUUGUGCUCUACAUCUUGGCUCAAGCUGACUGGAAACGGCCUUCCCAGGCUGAAGAGCAGGCGCUAUCUAUGGACUUCAAGACGCUGACAGAGGGAGACAGCCCCAGUCCCCAGUGACGGCCUUGGGUGAUCCUCCCGAUUCUGUGGGUUUCUGGAUAUCUUUCUGCUCCUCCCUGCAGAGCCUGAAACUUUAGGUCCAGGAGUGCGGGACAGCAGUGUUAGUUUAGUGGGAUUCCAGGUUUUGGCUUUGUCCUCUGCUUUCCCUUCCUUGCUUGUAGCUUCUGAUGCAUCCUGUGAGCCACGUGUAGGCCCUGCCUGUACCCCCUGCUGCCCAUUCACGUGCAGAAAGCUUGGUCAAGGGGACUGGGGGUCAAGCCUGGUCCUGGUCCUUAGGGGAGCUAGCUCCACCCUCCAGGCAGCUGAUGGCUGAGGGACUGGUGUGGAAAAGCCAAGCCUGCUGCUUGUGUAUUCAACCCAGGCGUUCCAGCAGCUUGGGAAGCACACAUCCUUGGCAGUAGAGCAAGUGAUACGAUGUGUAAAGUAUGCUGGUGUUCAGAUUGAGUUCCCCCAAAGGACUGAGUCCAGCCCCUGAAGGAGCCAUGUGGCUUGGCCAAAGGUCCACACUGUUGGGGACCUUUCUGGUCUUCAACCCCUGAGCCUUAAAUAGGCUUUUCAGCGAAGGGGCUAGGUGCUCAGAACACAAGUAUGUACCUGCCCUGGUGGAUGAGGGCAGGCUGCUGGCAGCGAGGGGCCUCCUGGCCUCCAGCUGCCCAUCCAGGCAGUUCCUCCCUCCAACAGGGGGCUGAGCCCUGGUUUCCUUUUGCAGGCCAGCCUGGGCAGGCUCUGGGAGGGUAGGUCCCAUACCUUCUGCUGUUUGUCUUACUCUCCAGGGGGGUUCUGGGUUGCCCCAUUUGGCUGAAGCAGCCCUGGAGGAUUAUUGACCUCCCACACCUGGGUCAGUCUUCCCUGGACAAUAGGACUGAAGUGGAUAGAGGGAUGGGCUUUGUCUCCUGUGUCUGCACACAGCUUCAGCCCCUGCCGCCUGUGUUGUUAGCUGAGUCACUGCUUGGCUUGAGUCUAGAAAUAAUGUGAUUAGAGCAUUGGUCUCGUGCUUCUUGGGCUUGGCAGAUGCUCUCUCCUCUCCUGGGCCUUGAGGAGACUUACUGUUUGUGACAGACAUGGUUAAUUUAGCAAGGAGAUUAGCAGUUUCUGAACCUGAUAAUUCCUUUAGGUCAAGAGGCCAACCUUCUGUCAGAUUUCUUGUGUAACUGUGCUGUGGGUGUCUUUCUCCAGCAGUGGUGGAGGCCCCUCUCCCCGGGGCUGCCCAUCACCCUGGCCUCCCUCCAGCUCUCCAUUUGCAGGGAUGGUGGGGUUCGCCUCCAGUUUCAAUUGCGUAUGCUGCAAGGAUAGGGAUCUUAUCGGUUCUUUCAUCAGCUGGCACACCGAUACAGUCAAAUGUUUACAUGUGGGAGACUUGUCUUUAGACAAACCCUGAGUACCAUUGUGAAUCUCCCGUGCCAGACUAUACAGAAAACUAGAACUCAUCGAGAGUCUGUAAACUAGUCUUUCUGCCAGAGUGUAUGAUACAUGACUUAGGACCAAAGAAGGCCCCAAGCAGAUGUGUGUGGUUUCUUGUGUUUGCCUGUGGCUGUCUCCUGUGACGUACAGUGUGUUGUUGGUGCAACGGAUGAAUCAAUAAAUGUCUCCAGCCAA